GUUCUAAUGAAUAUUAUGACACAAAUUUCAAUAAUAAUGUUUCUUUAGAACAAAAAACAAUUUUAAGUAAUUUUGAAAGAUUAAGUAAUGUAUCUAGAACUUCAUUUGAUGAAAAUGUUAAUACCAAUGCAGAUACACAUAUUGUGAAAAGACUACGACAUAAAGGGUCUGGUGGAUCAGUUAAGCGAAGUUUUGUAUGGAAAUUCUUUGAUGAAAAAGAUAAUCCCAGUGGACCUGGUAAAAUAAUGGCUUGUAAAAACCUUCUUUCUAAUGGCAAACUAUGUACUGUUACAUAUGCAGCUUUGGAUAGUACAAGCAAUACAAUACAACAUCUUGCUAAUAUACAUGGAAUUUUAGAUGAAAAUAAAGUUCAUAUUAAG